AUGGCGGCGGUGGAUGUCAUUGUGAACAACUUGGUGACACUCUGGAGGAUACCAGCCGUCCGGCAAAACUUCCACUGGAUAUUUAUGCUAAUUUUCUUGGUGGGAUCGAUUCUGAAGGAGCUGGAGCUCGUCCCGCAGACGUAUUUCAGCAGCAACAGAAAUGCCCUGAAUGUGUAUUUUGUCAAAGUAUCCUGGGGGUGGACGUUGCUGCUCCUCACCCCCUUCCUCCUCCUCUCCAACUCCACCUUCAACCGGAGCGUGUCCUUCCUCGGCCGGCGGCUGCUGUCUCUGGCGGUAGCGACAGGCAUCUGGUACGCUUGCACCGAGACCUUCUUCUAUAUCGAGGACGCGACCGGCUCGUGUUAUGAAACUGACGGCAUGGAGAUUAUCAACCAGGAGUUCAUCACCAAAGCCAGCUGCAGGCGUGCCGGCUUCCACUGGGACGGCUACGACAUCUCAGGACACUCCUUCGUCCUGGCCUACUCGGCUCUCUUCAUCAUCGAGGAAACGGCACCCAUGGCCUUCCUGAAGACGGCCAGUCUCUCUGCGCUGCCCAGGAUGGUCCUCAACCUGCUAGAAGUACAGAUCCAGCCCCUCAGGUCGCAUGACUUCAGUCUGAAGAAGCGGUGGAGUCUUAACCGGUGAGCUUGCAGUAAUCAAAAAGCGUUCACAAUGAUUGGCUGAUUAUGACGUUUCUUGUCGUUUCCCCCUGCAGUGCCAGUUUGUCAAUUAACCCUUGUGUUGCCUUAGGGUCAUUUUGACCCGAAUCAAUAUUACACCCUCCCCCCGCCUUAGGAUUAAUUUGAGCCCAUUCAAUGUUUAAUGUCGGUGUUCUUUCGGUAGUCAACAAACAAACAUAAAGUGCCUCACACUUAAACUUGGAAAAUAAUAUUAAUUCUAAUAAUUUUCUGGAGGUUUUAAUUGCUGGCGUCAAAUUGAACCCAAAGGGUAAAAUAUGUUAGUAAAUAUAAAGGUAACAGGAGGGUGAAACAUUGAAUCGGGUCAAAAUGACCCAAAGGCGGGGGGAGGGUGUAAUAUUGAUUCGGGUCAAAAUGACCCUAAGGCAACACAAGGGUUAACAAAAGAAGUUGGUCUGAGGAUCAAAAAGUAAACAUGAAUAACAAUUAAGCAAAUUUUAUAAUUAACUCUCAACAGGAAAUAGUACUUUACACUUUGUGUCCUCUUGCUUACUUUAAAAAUUCCAAUAUCUUUUUUUUUUUUACUUCUCUUUAAAGCCAUUUACAUCACUGCUGGUCAUACAAAAACAGUUUGAAACCAAACAAUGUCCCCGUUUGCUUUAAUGCACAAGAAUUGUCUUCUUUCCAAACAGUUAAAUCUAUGUGGCCGUACAGCACGAUCCAUAUCGAACAUAAGAACUGGACCCAAUAACCUACAGCGUCUACACCUCUACUCUCUUCAUAAGAUUAAGCUGUGACACAGCAAGUAGAUGCUGCUAUUAAAGGAGCAUUGAUCGUUGUCUUUGGUUCAACGUUCUUCUGCCACAGCAGCUAAUCACCACCUGCAGGGACAAGUUUCUGUAGCCAGAGUAAACAGGGAGCAUCCGAACUGAAAAAAACUACAGAAAUACUGAACUGGGAGUCCUUACUGCAAGAAUUGUCUGUACAACCAGCCAUAAAACCAAAAGCAGAUUAGAACUCCAGCCAGUAUUUCACAUGAGUUAAACCUAAAGGGCGUUCAGGGGCAGACUUAUAACAUGUUAAACCUUGGAGGUCCGACUAAGAAAAAAGCAGAACGGCUCCAAUUAGGAGUGAACAGAGUGUGGAGUGAGAAAUGUACACUGCAUCAACAAAUGACAAGACAGGGCCUUUUCUUCUUCCUCAUCAUCCUCCUUUAAAGCCCUCAGAUGAGUCAGCUUUUCCUCCCCUGUUCCUCUUAUUCAAUCCUUUUGAGCUCAUUCAAAAUUCAGCCCGGUAAAAUGAACGAGACAAUACAUAAUUAAAAAAUAUCUAUCUGUAAAAACAAUCUUGCAUCCGUCCGGAGGAGUCAGCGAGCAACAAAAAGCAGUAAAAUCCAGUUUUUCUUCGCUCUGUUUCGCGGAAGAACCAUCUCGAACACACGGUACAGUGCAGGUGCUUCAAAGGUUACAACUAGCAAGAGAAUAUCAAGGAAAUUUGUGGAUUUAAUGUUCGGUAGUGAUCAUAAAUUCUGCCUCUGGGCAGUGCCCAUCCAUCACAAAUCACUUACAUGACAAGAAAGUACCCAUGCAAUGAGAUAUACAUCCUAAACUAAUGCAACUCUAUUUGUGCCACAGAUGCAGAAUUUACAAUUUUACUACCAGUUCAGCCAAAGUGUAACUUUUCAAACACCCAAGAUUUGUAUCGUCUGAAUUCCUGCUCAGCGACAAAGAGGGUGACAGUGGACCAGUGCGACCCGUAGUGCUCUAAAUAAACUGACUUAGUGUG